UAAACGCCCUUUUCUGCUGGACAGACAGUGACGUCAGAGUGGCACGUGACUUAACGGUCAAGUGCAAUGCAUCCAUCACUUCAUCUUGCGCUUCUGACACAUCAAGAUGUAUACAAAUGCAAUGGAGUCCAUCCAAACUUUGUACGGAAUUGAGUGGCACUCUCUCUUUGAUCUAGUUGAUCAUGACUUUACUUGCUUUGCACCCUCAAGUUCUCCUGCCCAGGAACAGCACUUCAGCAAUGAUGCCGGAUUCUGUAAAGGGCUCCCAAAUCCUGUUGAAGUCAGCAUGAAAAAGAGGAAAUUGGUCCAGGAGAGAAAUGACUAUGUGAAAAAACCCCUGAACGCAUUUAUGAUCUACGCAAAGGAGCAGCGUCCCUUGUUGAAAGAAUUGCAUGCCAACAAAGACAGUGCCACCAUAAAUAAACUUCUGGGACAGAUGUGGAAAACACUCCCCUUAAGUGACAAAGAAAAAUAUCUGGAGGAGCAGGUGCGCUUGGAACAGGAGCACGCAGCAAAAUAUCCCAACUGGUCGGCCCGCGACAACUAUGGCAAAAGAAAGAGAAGAAAGGGUUCCCUGGCAUCACGAUGUACAAGCCAACUCCCCGCUGACUCUCCGGUCGCCGCAUCGCCAGUUGAUGCCUCUCCAGACGCUUCCUAUCUGGUUGCCCUCUAUCCGGUUGCUGGGUAUCAGGUCGCUGCAUCUCCGGUUGUUGCCUAUCCAGUCCCUGCUGCUCCGGUCGCGAACUAUCCAGUUGAUGCCUAUCUGGAUGCUGCCUACCCGUUUGGUACUUACAUGGUCAAUGCCGCUGUGGCCCCUGCUUCAGUUGCCGCCACUGUCACCCAUCCGCCACCCUCCUCUGCUGACAAGACAGCAGAGCUCAGCUUCGAGCAGGAGUUCACUGAAUUUUUAUAUGAGCUGGCAAAUCUGCCUUUUGAUCAAUGGCCAGACCAUUUCAUUGAUUUGUAAAUAGUGUAUA